AUGCCAACACAAAGUGGUGUGGGCGGCUAUGCCUGGGCCAAGAAACACCUGCCACCCGACCCCGAAGGCGAUCGCCGGUACGAAAGGCGUGUGAGCGAGAGAAACGCUCUUCUAAACGCACACACAGCCACACAGGCAUGGGGGGCGGUGGGUGGGGUAUCCGGGGGAACGGCGCAUGGGGCAGGCGAUGGAG